UUAAAGAUUGAGACAACUACAGUAAUCACCUGGAUAUUUGGAUAAACAAAAAUAAAAAUUUUAAAAAAAUAAUAAAAAUAAAUAAAAACCAAAAAAACAAAACUACAGUAAUUAUCUUUCAAUAAAGAAUUCAACCAGAUCCCAUUCUGUCACAAGAUGAAAAACUUAAUUUUUCAUCUUGAUAAUCAGUAUAAUAAUUAAAGUAAGUAAAUGACCUUGGUAGAGGAAUUUGUAUAUUCUGUUGUGUAUCAAAUUUUCAUCUUUUACAGCGUGUCUCAAAGAUCCAACCCUGCUGAUGAUACAUCAAAAUUCUGCCCGCUUUUUCAAAGAUAUUGCAUACGAUAAUGGUUACGAUGGCCUUGCGUCAGCUGAUACGGAGGCCUGUAGGAUUGCUAAGCAGCUAGGUGACAAGUCAGUCAUGAUGAUGGGCCAGCAUGGAGUACUUGUUACAGGGAAAAGCACUGCAGAAGCUUUUGAUAAAACAUAUUACCUAGAGAGGGCAGCACAAUUACAAGUACUAGGCUUGUCAACAGGUAAGAAGAUGGUGGAAAUGUCGGAUGAUCUAACAAACAUUGUCAAGCAGCAGAUUGAAGAUGAUGCCCAUUUUCUUAUUCCUGCUCAUUUUGGAGCGAUCAAACGGAUCGUGGCUCAUACUUACCCUGGCGACUAUACAUCAUGAACAUAAAUGC